ACGCCACUGGAGGUAAACAAGUAUCACGAUCAUCGUAUAUCCUAUCGCGAUAUGCUUCUACAAAAAAUCGUUCAAUGAGUGUUAGACACGCAAGAAUGCUUCAUCAAAAGUGUACGCAGGGUCUAUACCCGUCCAGCAGCGUGAGAAGAUUCGAAGUAACAAAGGAAAAAGUUCCAUGGACAGUUGAGUAUCCCGAAUACAAGCCGGUUGCGUACACCGCCAGCAUUCUUCGCGGUAAACCUUGGGCCGAUCCAGAAAUCAAGGAGCCCGCAUUUAAACCGAAGUGGAACACGGUAGACGGUAAGGUGAAUAGAAGGAGUUUCACGGGUAACUACGUUAUCAACGCGAACGGCUAUCCACUGAAUCCCGUAGGAAGAACUGGUAUUGUCGGACGCGGGCUUCUAGGUCGUUGGGGACCGAAUCACGCCGCUGACCCAAUUGUCACACGAUGGAAACGUGAUAAUACGGGAGCCGUAGAGAUAGACGGGUACACAAAGAAACCGGUAUUGCAGUUCGUCGCGAUACAAAGACGGGAUUCCGGCGAAUGGGCCAUUCCGGGAGGUAUGGUCGAUCCAGGUGAAGCAGUUUCUGCCACACUGAUGAGGGAAUUCAUGGAGGAAGCGCUGAGCCUCCUGGAGAAGGACAACGCUGAGAGGAAAACUCUGCGCGAUUCUAUAGCGGACUUUUUCGCGAAAGGCGACGAGAUUUACAAAGGAUACGUGGACGAUCCGCGAAACACAGAUAACGCCUGGAUGGAGACGGUGGCUAUCAAUUUCCACGAUGAGGACAAUAGUGUUGUUGGGAAACUCGCGUUGAAGGCCGGGGACGACGCGCGUAAUGUCAGAUGGAUGGAUGUAAACCGUCAAAUUAAUUUGUACGCGAAUCACAGCGAAUUCAUUAGAAAGACCGUGUCGCGACGUGACGCACAUUGGUGAAGUUUGGUCGCAAUUCCCUUCUCUUUCGAACAUUCUCCAGAAUAAUGAAGGAAAAGUAAAUGGCAAAUAGGAGUAGGAAUGCUGUAUAUUACGUGUCGCAACACUAUUUCUGUUCUUACUCGCCAUUUAUUUUUUCUUUAUCCUUGAUUGUACGUUAUAAAAACUAUAUUUCUUUUUAAUUCUCGGGUGUUUUCCUUGAUCUUUCAAAACCACACACUUUAUAUCGAUUUAUAGAAUCUGAGCAAUUUUUUUUUCGAUUAUAUAAAAUUGCAGAACGCGAUAUAAAAUAAAAUUCUUAAAAAAAUGCUAUUUGUAA